AAAGUCAUAUUAGUAAACAAAAAAUUAAAAACAAUUUCAAUAAUCUACAUAUAUAGAUAAUGAACCCUAUCAAAACGUAAAUAUUCAACCAAAAACUAUGUGAAAACUCCAAAAAUGUGCCACGAAAAAUGUCUAGACUGUUUUGCCAGAUGGAAACUCUGGAUCAGGCCCUUUUUUAUCGGGGCCUACGCUUUAGCAGCCCUAGUUUUGGUGCCCCUAUUUCUGAUCAAGUCUUUGCAGGACGGUUUCAACAGGCACGAUCUUGAAGUGUUGAUUGCUGGAGUUUUCGUGGGGGUCGCCAUACCGAUUUCCCUAUGGGAAAUCAUUCAACAUGUUAUACAUUAUACACAACCGAAAUUACAAAAAUAUAUUAUAAGGAUCCUAUGGAUGGUGCCCAUAUAUGCCCUCAAUGCAUGGUUGGGUUUAACUUACCCAAGUGCUUCAGUUUAUGUGGAUAGUGCAAGAGAAUGUUACGAAGCUUAUGUGAUAUACAACUUUAUGAAGUAUUUACUGAAUUAUUUAAAUAUGGAAAUGGAUUUGGAGGCAAGUUUAGAAUGCAAGCCUCAAGUAAAACAUAUUUUUCCCAUGUGUUGUUUGCCCGAUUGGGAAAUGGGAAGGCCUUUUGUACAUAUUUGUAAACAUGGUAUUCUUCAAUACACUGUAAUGAGACCUUUAACAACUGCCAUUUCUUUUAUUUGUAAAAUAUUUCAUGUUUACGGCGAUGGCGAAUUCAAAGGAAAUGUGGCCUUUCCUUAUUUAAUUUUAAUAAAUAAUGUUUCCCAAUCAACAGCAAUGUAUUGUUUAAUAAUGUUCUAUAAGGCAAGCAAAGCCGAAUUGCAACCAAUGAAACCAUUGCCCAAAUUUUUGUGCAUCAAGGCUGUAGUAUUUUUCUCAUUUUUUCAAGGAGUUAUUAUAGCAUUUUUCGUAUUUACUGGAGCUAUAAGUACGUCUGAACCCAACACAGAUGGAGUAUCCUUAGCGACUCGACUACAAGAUUUCCUUAUUUGCAUUGAAAUGUGCAUGGCAGCCAUAGCGCACCAUUACAGUUUUUCCUACUUACCAUAUGUAAGGCCUGGUACUAGGCCUCAAACUUGUUGCAGCGCUUUCAUGGCCAUGUGGGACAUUUCUGAUGUCGGUAGGGAUGUGCAAGAACAUUUGGGAAUUGUCACUUCUUCUAUAAGUCGUCGCUUAAGAGGCCGUAGCAUGUACACAAUACCAAGGGGCAACGAUGAAUAUCAAAAUUUAGUAUCUCCAAGAGGAGGACAAAGCGUACCGCCCGAUUUUUACCAGAGUUACGAUGAAGUUGUCGUCAAUUAUGGAACAGUCAACCCUAAUCAGCCUGUUAAAACUCACAGUGUGGAAACUAGAAUGAAGCCUGUUUGAAUUUUAUUAGUUGUAACCUAUUCUAAGCUUUAUUGUGAUAAUGAUUUUGACUUAUAUACAGGGUUGCCAGUUUUGUUAGUAGAAAUUUUGAUUUUUUUUAUCUCUAUUUCUAAUUUUUUGUCUAUUCCUGGCUCUUGAAUUUUUGGAAAUUACAAUCCAAAUCAAGAGCCGCAAUACUCAAAAAUUGAACAUAGAAAAUGAUCACAACCAAUCAAAUCCUGCAGCUGUGAAAUUUUUGCAGUUAUAUAUGAAUUUGUAGACAAUUUUUUUGGUUUUAAUUCAACCCUAAUUACGUCAAAAUCGGAUUGAAAUUAACAAAGUUGUGAGGCAAAAUGUGUGUCAUUGGCCAGCAAAAAUAACAUUGGAAAAACAAAAUAAAACACAAACAAUUAUAAAAAAAAACUUAUUAUUAUUAUAAUUAUUAUUUAAAUUAUAAAAAAAAAAUAACGAAAACUUUAAAACUUAACUCUAAAAAAUAAAUAAAUAACAAUUAUAUUUUUUUCGAUUUUUUAACUUUCUUUGUAGUUUUUUCUUCAUCCUUUUUACGUUUGGAUUUUUCCUUUUUUCCGCCUUCUUGUACUUCUUCCAUAUUAUCAAACAAAUCCUCAUACUCUUGGUCAACCUCUCUCUCCUUUUCAGCAGCAACCUCUUCAAUCUGUUCAUCCUUUAUUAGUUGUUUCACCAACAAUUUGGUCAAAUUUUGUUUCAUGUACAACUAUUAAUAAAAUAAUAAUAAUACAAAAAAAAUAUAAUAAAAAUAAAAAACGUACUUUACUAACUAACUCCUUAGUUUGCAUAUUGUGCACCCUCAAAUACCUAUCCAAGCUAACACUAGCAACAAAAGGCUCAUUACAUACAAUACUACUAACACUUCCAGUAAAGGAAGUGUAAGUUUUCAAAACCUUUGCCGGCUGCCUUAAGUCCAACCAUUGCAUGUAGCCUUUGGUAGUACCGACACAAACCUGCUGAGCCCCAAAAACUGUAGAAAUUGUAGUGUAGCUGGCCUUUUCUUCUUGGAAUUUCACAGUUGGUCUUCUUUGGGCUCUAUCGUCGUACAAUAAAACAUGCCCUUCUUUUGUACAGCAAGCCCCUAAGUUGGGUUCUUGGUUAAAAAAGGUGAUGUCUCUUAUUGAUGUUGGUAUAGGGAGUUGGAGGUGAUCGUGUCCUAACUAAAACCAUAUACUUGUCUGUACUAAAUCUGGAUAAUUUUCAAGUAAAACAC